AUGAGUUCCCUGGAAGAUGAGGUGACAUUGCAUGGAGGGAAUAUCGGCCUCAAGGAUGAGGACCUGGCCAGGUUUCGCAGAACAGGCCUCACAGUCCCAUCCGCACUUGGACUAGGGCUUAACUUGGGGGUUCCUCCAAGAAGCAAAGCUGGGGGAGGCUUCCAGGGCCCCUGGGGCUCCAAGGGUGAAUCCAAAGCCCUGGCAGUGGGAGAAGCGGUGUUUUAUGGCCAGGAAGGUCCUCUUGGCACCUCUGCUAACCUUCGCCAUGACAAAUGGGAUGAUGACUCUGACUCAGUGGCUUUAGUGCCACUGACUACCCAGGAGUCUGGUGCAGGCAGCAUGCCCCAGGUGCUCUACCCAGAGGCACAGGAUGUUGAGAGAAGCCCAUCCCCAGUGAGCUGCUGGGAUGAGGAUUCCACCCCCUGGCGGGGGCUCAACUCAGUGAGCUGUGCUAGAGCGCCAUUUCCCCAGGGCCAUGGAGAAGCACGGCUGCCCUUGGCCAACCCUCGCUUGCUCGGAGUGUGCAAGGGCGGCAGAGGCGGGAGAAUGAUUGGGAGAGGCUCCAGGGGUGGGUGGAGUCCUCCUAGGGACAAGCAGGGCUCCUUUGCAGUAGGCCUGGCCAAGCUGCCUUCUGAGCCUGAGUCAUCAGGUAACUUCAGUGAGCUACAGAGGGUGAGAGACGGGAAGACAGCGUCCAGGGAAGGGGCCUCAAGAGGAAGGGGCCCAACCAUUACCCAUAGUCCCGAAAAUUCCAACAUUGCAAGCGGACACUUUAAGUUCCCCUGGAUGGAGAAUCUGCUUUACAUUCGAGGAUCCACACCUCCCUCCCUUUCCCGAAGAGGUCCCACAUCUUUGGAGAGGCGGGCUGUAGCAGGUCGGGACAACUCUGCCAGCAAGACUUUGCCUAAUGUAGUGCUCGGCAAGGGCCAGGACAAGUCCAGCUAUUCUGGAGUGUCUCUAACAACCAGCCCUCCCCAGACUACUGCAAAGAUGGUGAACCAAGAUAAGAAAUACCGUGGAGGUACCUCCCAAUUGGCCCUGGGGAGAGCCAUACCUUCCAGGGAGCAGAAAAUGUUACCAGCUACCCAGGAGCCUGCCAACUUCCCACCCAUUAUUGGUGUUAAACUGCCUGUGAGGUCCGAGGGGGGUUCCAUGGUGCCUCUGCCAAGCAAGCAGCCCAAGCAGACUGGUGUCAGUGGGAAGAAAUCUGUAGCCAGGAUGCCAAGAGUGUCCGAACAGGUGGCCAGAGAUGAUGAUCCAAAGAGAGAUCAGUCCCCCAAGGGCCAAAUCUAUUCAGCCAUGCCAAAACAAUCGGGUCAGAGAACACACUUUGCAGAAGGCAGUAGCAAGAGCCUCAGCAGCCUCAACUUCAUAGCUAAUGAAACUCCAGGAAAUACUCAUGCUUUGUUACUUAACAAAAGAGACAUGAUGAUCACAGAACCCACUCAUUCAGCCGUUAUGGAAUCCCUGGUUGAAAAAUUACAGGAACUUUGCAAAUGUAAACCCAAGAACAGUUACCUGAGAGUGGCUGCAAUACGCCUUAUCUUCAAAGCAGGCAUCUCAUGUGAUAACAAAGAAGAGACCUGCAGAGGAAAGGAGAUGGUACCAAGUGGUCAUGCAGAACCCACACAGAAGCCAGUUCCAGGCAAGAUUGGGUUCCUGCAGGGAGACAGACUUGUUAAACAAAAGCUCCCCAAAGUCACAACACUGUACAAGCCAUACCAGGGAGCUAUUAAAGACAAUCGAUGGGUGACACCUUCCAACAUGGAAGAGAACGAUGCCUCCUCCCAGGAUGAAGAUGUCAACCUUAGAGAAAAGUAA